ACAGAAGCCUGGGAUUCAGGAGUCAUUAUUGCUUUCAUGAACAUUGGACAUCUACCUAUUGCUCUGUUGCCCCCACAAAGGACUGUAUUGUGAGGCUGAGCAUCUGGUUCAUUUGACCUUCUUCCCAUCAAUGGAUUAAUUCCGUAAAGAGCUCAUUUUGGAAGUUGUAGCAUUGCCGCAGAAUGGGAAGUAACAAAGAUGAUGGGCUAUUGAACAGGAUCUCUUUCUCAGGACCAGCUUCCCUUGGGAGCAGCCUCACAAGUCCUCAUGGGUUACCACUCCAUGAGCCAUUUGGCGUUCCAAUCCACUUUGAUCCAACAUACUGGGACCCCCAAGCCUACAAUAGAUACUCAGGAAGGUUCUCCUAUCUACCCUUUCCUGGCUACGUAGGAGUCUAUGACUAUUCUUUUGAGCCUGCCUUCAUUCGGAAGAGGAACGAGAGGGAGAGGCAACGGGUUCGUUGUGUGAAUGAGGGCUAUGCGCGCCUCCGAGACCAUCUUCCCAAGGAGCUGGCUGACAAGCGCCUCAGCAAGGUGGAGACCCUGAAAGCUGCCAUUACUUAUAUCAAACACCUUCAAAAUUUGCUGGACUAUUGUCCUUUAGGGACAGCUGUGAAGACAACUGAUCCUCCAACUCCUGAGACUACAGCUGCUUCUGGGCUUAGUUUAAGGAGGGAAUGUAACAGUGAUGGAGAAUCUAAGACCUCAUUAGCUUCAUCCCCUUACAGCGAAUUUGAGGAAGUUUGCAGUUAA